CUAUUAUGAUAUAAAGACUCUUUUCCAAGUAUUGCAUGAAAAUAUCGAAGAGCACGCGAUCGAUAGUGCCGAAUACCAGGUUAUAGCUCGAAAUUAGUACCCAAGGUAUACAGUGGGUCCUCGGCAAUUACCUUUACGGACGACAUCUCCGGCAUCUUGACGGAAAGGGCAACCGAAAAAGCGCAGAUUUAGUCACCUUAUGUAGGUAGGUAUAGGUAUAUCAGAGAAUUAACUCCAGGAAACCACCACCAAAUACAUAUAAGUACCUACCUACCUAGAGGUACCUAACACAAGUUGCCGAGUUGAAUUCACAAACGUCGUUUACCAAAUCUAUCGCAUCAAUUUCUUAAGCAUUUUGUGGUCGUCAAAUAUGUCUUCCCAUACUCAUACCGUCGACUCUAAGCUGAACAGAGCUGAUGAAGUUGAAGAUUUGAUCGAUGCGGUAAAAUCCCUCCUCGUACAAUUCAUCAGGGAUGCAGACAACGCAGCCUCAAGUCGAGCCAGUGGCUAUAUAGCUGCGGAUGCUCAGGGGGUACCAGGUAGAAAUGUCCUGGUAGAGAAACAUAAACCUGAAGAGUUAGCAAAGAAGCUGUGCAUAUCUAUGCCAGAGGAAGGGACAGGAAGGGAAGGCCUACUAGAUACUAUCCAGACCAUCUUGCGAUACAGUGUAAACACGUGGGAUCAGGGGUUCAUGGACAAGCUAUACUCGAGUAUCAAUCCAGUUGGCGUAAUAUCAGAUCUUGUCCUUACAGUAAUAAACACCAACGUGCACGUAUGGAAGACGUCGCCAGCCCUAACCAUCGUCGAGAAGGCGACCGCACGCAGGCUUGCAAAUCUCUUCGGUUUCACCGGUCCCAGAGCAGGCGGCGUUACUUGUCAAGGCGGCAGUGCUUCGAACUUGACUUCCCUUGUAAUCGCCCGGAACACCCUGUUUCCUGAGGUGAAAACUUCCGGCAACGGAGGUCGUCAAUUCGUACUCUUCACUAGCGAACACGGGCAUUAUUCGGUUGAGAAGGCAGCCGUAACGUGCGGUCUCGGCUCUGACAGCGUAAUCACGGUCUCAGUCGACUCAGCCGGUCAGAUGGUCCCGUCAGCGCUUCGCGAAGCUAUUGUUCGUGCUAAGGACGAGGGGAAAACGCCCCUUUACGUCAACGCAACCGCCGGAACAACGGUGUGGGGAUCAUACGACCCAUUCGCCGAGAUCGCCCCCAUUUGCAAGGAAUUUGGCGUCUGGCUCCAUAUCGAUGCCUCGUGGGGUGGACCGGCUAUCUUCUCCGCAGCGCAGCGACACAAGCUAACCGGGUCAGAGCACGCCAACUCCCUGACCGUCAACCCUCACAAAAUGCUCAACGUGCCGAUACCCUGCUCCUUCCUCCUCACCAAUGAUGUUAGCGUCUUCCAGCGCGCCAACACCCUGCGUGCGGGCUACCUGUUCCACGAUGCAGCCGUCGAGGAUGAGGUUUGGGACCUGGCAGACCUGACGCUUCAGUGCGGGCGCCGUGGCGAUGCCUUGAACAUGGCUCUUUCGUGGAUCUACUACGGGGAUAAAGGGAUCGAAAAGCGUGUCGACCACGCGUUCGAUACUGCGGCGUAUCUCGCAACGCUAGUGCAGGAGUCAGGCGACUUUUACCUCCUGUCGAGCAACCCACCCCCAUGUCUCCAGGUGUGCUUCUAUUACGCACCGGGCGGCAUAUUACCCGACGACCAAGAGGAAACUACGCGGCGGACUAGUCAGAUGGUUGCGAAGCUUGUGUCGAGGGGGUUCAUGGUGGACUACGCGCCCGGCCCAAGGGGCAGUCUUUUCCGCGUGGUAGUGAACACGCAGACUCUGAGGAGUACCGUAGAGGGGCUUGUCAAAGCAUUGAGAGAGGUUGGAAAGGAGGUUGUUCCGUCUUAAACCAGCGUAUACCCACUAUAGCCUCAACUUUGUAAGGUAGCUGUGCGUUCGACGCAUUGUUAUCUUGCCCUAUGGAAGA